GCCUCCAUCACCGUCAAUGUCGUGUAAUCCACUCCCGCCUACAAGGGUCACUCUGGACCGAUAGCAACUUGAACCUCAUGCGCAAAUGGUGGUCCCAUGCAGGGCUACGAGUUCGGUGUUUGUCCGAGUAUUAAAUUUCGAUGACGCUGCCCUUGUUAGAAGCCAACCUAAUACUCAAAGUUUUAUCGUCAACAGUUCCGCAUCGCAAUGUCAAGUGUGACUCUGCUACGAGUCUCAACAGUAAUUUGAUACUCAGGGCUUCCGAAUUUCCAUGGAACCCACUUCUUUGGAUAUGAUUGGACCACUGUACGAUAUCUUACCGUCACUUACUGUAUGCUAAACAAGAGCUAUCUGGGAGCGGCGCCACGAUAUACUGUACAUAAUCACGUAUGGAAACGCAGUCGGAAAAUCAUGGACAUCCCUUCUCCUUUUUCCCGCGGUUCAACCCGGAUUCUUAGUUCUAGCCUCAAUUCAAGUUUCACAACACCGAGUACUAUACUCCAAACACUUUCCUCGACGUCAAACCUCGCUCAGCCGUUGAUCUCACCUCUCUUCGUCGUGGUCUCGCUGCUUAUCAUGUGUAACUCCCUUGUUGGUGCACCCUCUUUUGCCUUCCACUGUAUACAAUGUACAUCUCCCGCUCGGGGAUCCGGAAGCGCCAGUGAAAAUUCUAGUCACCGCUGCACGGAUUUUACUCGGAUCAGCUAUGCUUUAGUUCAUAAAUUUCAAUUCUCUUCCCUGUCCCCUCCACUUCAGGAUUUCUGCACAGGACAUCGCGUUUACACACGAGGAGUCCCGGUCCUGAGCUUUUUGAUGGUCAACUUUGGAGAAUCUACCGAGCACAUCGAGGGUUUGAAGGAUGCCAACUAG